AUGCCUCCCAUCGAAGCACUGCCCGUGGAAAUCAUCUGUCGCAUUGCCGACAAGUGCAUGGUUGAAACUAUCAGCGACAUAAAACUGUCGGCGAGGUCGCAAGUGGCAUUGGCUCAGACGAAUCGUCAUGUCUAUAACAUUAUACGACCGCUACUACGGGCAACGAGAGUAUGUAUUGCAGCUGAAGAAGGACGUCUGGAUAUCAUUAAGAAAGCGUACCGAGAUGGCGCAAACCUGAAUGUGACAGGAUCGACAAAACACGGACAGAGAGGCACCCCUUUACAAUACGCCAUUAUGAACGGACAUCGUGAUAUCCUCGAGUUCCUAGUCGAAGUCGGUGUCGAUCCCCACGUUCCUUCAGUAGGACUCUGCGAAUGCUGGCAACACAUGAGUGACACGAAGCCUUAUGUUCUUCACACAGCAAUUAAUCACGGCAAGAUAAAAGGAGCGGCGAAGCUGCUUGUUCAGAAACUGGGAGCGUACUGGUCUGUGAAAGAUUUACCUGCACUGCAAGAUGAACCAGAUGAAGAGAAGGAAGAACAGAAAGAAGUGAUCGACCUCCUUGCCAACCUUCCAGGACCUGGGCCAGCUGGAGAUGCUCUGACUUAUGCUAUGAGCCGCCACGAACAUGAUCUCGAAGAGCGCAUACUCGCAAGACCUGAUCUGGACGUCUCAGUUGCUGACUCACUUGGACGUACACCUUUGUUCAACGCUAUCGUAAGCCGCCGCCUCGAUAUUGCUAUGACGUUACUCGAACGUCCAGAAGCCGAUGCAGGUAUUGCUCAACAGAAUGAUCUUACGCCGUUGCACGCGGCCGUUGAUGCGAGGAGCUUGCCACUCGUCGAGGCACUUCUUAAACGACCAGAGGUGGAUGCAACUAAGAAAGAUGAUGUGAACACGACCCCCUUCCAUCUCGCCACACAACACGGUGAACUGGAAAUUGUGAAGCUUCUGCUCGAACAACCUGGAGUCGAUGUAGCAUCACCCGACGAUGAUGGAAUGACACCGCUCCACUGGGCAGUCAGGAGCCGUUAUCUUAUGCUGCAUCCGUGGAAAAGGCGAAAGGGUGAGACAGGGGAGUCUUUCUGUGAGCCAGCAGGUUACAGAAGUGAAAGUCUCGAAAUCAUCGAGAUCCUGCUGGCUCGUCCAGAAGUGAAUGCUGGAUUACACAGCAAAGACGGUCUCACACCUUUGCAUCGUGCUUGCUCGAUAGGCGAUCGCAGAGUUGCUGAACUCUUGCUGAAGCGUAAGGAGGUUGACCCCAAAGCACGGGGCUUGAACGGGCAAACACCUCUUCAUAUCGCGGCAUCGUGCACUCGGCGUGGUGCCCUGAUGUUGAUGGGUUCUCUACUCGAGCAACCGGGUAUCGAGAUAACAGACACCGACUAUGAUGGUCGAACGAUCCUGCAUUAUGUUUGUGGAUGUCUUAGAAAAGCUUGGAACGCCAGUCUUGUGAUAGAAACAGCCCUCCGAGAGGGCGUCCCUAUUGAUCAAGUAUCCAAGAAUGGCUUAUCAGCUUUCCAUCAAGCUAUCUGCAGUGGUGACUACAAUAUCGCCAUGUUACUUCUUGACCUGGGUGCCGAUCCUAUGGUUUCUACGCGGUUCAAGUACAACAACAAUUUGCUACAUCUUUGCUUAAAGGGAGAUGGUAGCAGCGCUGAUGUUAACAAGAUCAUGAGAGAAUCUAUUAAGCGAAGAAUUGAGAUCGAUACACUUACAGAUUCGCCUCUCUAUGAUGCCUGGAACGACGAAAAGGAACAGGUUGAAGACGUUGAAGGCAUAAGAUCGAUGGAUAUUCUCAUUGGCACUGACUGCACUCCUCUAUUUUUGACAGCAAUAGGCGAGGAGAAUAUCGAAGGUAUGAGAGCGCUACUCGAUGCAGGAGCAGAUCCCAACGCAACCGUCAUCAUAAGAGAUCUGGAGCUCGAAGGCAAGACGAAGGGCAAUCGCCAGGCGUUCUUAUCAGGGGUCUUCCGUCAUUCUUGGGAUCCAGAGGAACCAAGCAAUGACGACAUAUUCGAGAAGGAAGAUGUUAUCGCAUUGUUAAUUCAACAUGGAUCACGCAUAGACUUUGACGGGUCAGCUGAUAGUCCUCUUCAGGAAGCCUGCAAAGCAGCAGAGGAUGGUCGAGGAGCUCUGCUGGAGAUCAUACUGAAAUGCUCAACAUCCAAGAGUGUUAGUCAGAGGCAUGCUAUAGAAGUGAUCUCCGAGUAUGCAGAUAAGCCACAGCACGGCGAAAUUGGCCAAAUUCUCCAAAUGCUGAGGAUAUUUGAGCGCAAGCAUUUUGGCACAUAG